GAAUAUUUGAAUUCGAAUUUCGAAUGGAAAUAUCUUUUAGGCUUCAGGGUGUUCUCGAAUAAAAAUUAAAAUUAUUGAUUAAUUUAGUUUUAUUCCUUGUUCUUGAAUAUGAAUGCCUCAUUCAAUGAUAAUAGAAAUCUGCAAUGGAAAUUUUUAUAUUUAAAGUGCAUGAUUGGCAACAAAUCUUAUCUAAUCGUAAGUCGGCUAAAGUAUGCCAAUUCAUCAAAUUACAGUUUAUCGACGAUGUGUUCCAAGCUCAGAAGCACUAUUGGGAUUGGGAUUAUUAUAAAACUUCGACGAAUUAGAACCUCGGUCUCAUUUGCGAUUUGCCAGUUGACAUUGCUCAAAGCUAUUAUACAAUUAUUAUACUGUGUGUGUCAUUGUGUCGACCUUAGAUUGUCGAUCGACCUACUAUUUUGAAGAAAGUUUUCUGAUUUUACUUUCAAUAAAUUCCUGGUUAUAGAAGCUGGGAAAAUGUCUUGCCCUUUCCUAACGAGAUUUAGCAAUAAUUACGUGAAAAACUAUGCUGCUGCUUUGGUCAAAAUGUACGGAAAUCAAUGUCCAGUAAUGUCACGAAGUCUGAACAGUAUGGCAAGUAAUGCUGACAUAAAAAAUAAAGAGAUUCCUGGUGAAACACCUUGCCCAUUUCUGAAUGAUGUUCCAUCAGCAAUAAAGGAAGUCAAUCAAGAGCAUACUAUCAUUGAGUCUGUCUCAAGAGGUGAAAAGCAGAUUGUUGAGCAGGAUGUGUUUGCUUAUGACCAGUUCUUCCAUCAACAGAUUAUGAGGAAGAAGAAGGAACACUCCUACAGAAUCUUCAAGAAAGUCAACAGACUUGCAGGCCCAGGUGAAUUUCCUAAGGCUCUGGAGUACUCCUGGGGAGAGAAACCCAUCACUGUCUGGUGUUCCAAUGAUUAUUUAGGAAUGUCAUGCCACCCUGAUGUCAAGGUGGCUGUGAGAGAUGCUUUAGAAAAAUAUGGGUCUGGUGCUGGUGGCACCAGGAACAUAUCUGGCAACUCUACUCUGCAUGAGAAACUUGAGAAAAAAUUGGCUAGUUUGCACCAGAAAGAAGCUGCUUUGCUUUUCACCUCUUGCUUUGUUGCCAAUGAUUCUACUCUCUUCACUUUGGCCAAGGCACUGCCAGGAUGCCACAUUUUCUCAGAUGCUGGCAACCAUGCAUCUAUGAUUCAGGGAAUCCGCAAUAGCAGUGUUCCAAAGCAUAUUUUCAGACACAAUGAUCCCACACAUCUGGAAGAAUUGCUCCAAACACUGGAUAAAAGCAUUCCGAAAAUUGUGGCAUUUGAGACUGUGCAUAGCAUGUCAGGAGCUGUAUGUCCUCUUGAGGAAUUAUGUGAUAUAGCACACAAAUAUGGAGCCUUAACUUUUGUGGAUGAAGUUCAUGCUGUUGGUUUAUAUGGACAAAAUGGUGGAGGAAUAGGUGAAAGAGACAAUGUCAUGCACAAAAUGGACAUGAUUUCAGGUACUCUAGGAAAAGCAUUUGGGAACAUUGGAGGUUAUGUGGCUGCUAGUGGAGUAUUAAUUGACAUGAUUAGAUCAUAUGCAGCUGGCUUCAUUUUCACAACUUCGCUUCCACCAACUGUCCUAGCAGGUGCAUACAAAGCAAUUGAUGUUCUGGGUUCUGAGGAGGGUCGACAAUUGAGAGAAAAGCACCAGAUGAAUGUCAAGUACCUGAGGAAUUCUCUAUUGAGUAAUGGUUUCCCAGUUGAACACACACCUAGUCAUAUAAUUCCAAUUAAAAUUGGCAGCCCUGUGCAUUGUGGAGCUGUGUGUGAUACUUUGCUGAAGGAGAAGGGGCACUAUAUUCAAGCUAUCAAUUAUCCUACUGUAGCUAAGGGGCAGGAGAAAUUGAGGUUAGCUCCCACUCCUCAUCAUACCAGAGAGCUUAUGGACAAACUUGUGAAUGAUUUGAAAGAAGUGUGGAAUGAGCUCAAGUUGCCUUUUACUGGUCAACAGUGUGGACAGGAGUGUCAGUUUUGUCAAAAACCAAUCCUAUUUGACUACUAUGAGUCUAGGGAAAAUCGUGCUUUUGCUGAGGUUUUUGCUAAAGACAUCCAGUGCAGUAUCCCAAACUGUCCACAGCUUGUGGCUAUGCCUGCAUAGGAUAAUCAGUAAAUUUCCAUGAAAUUGGUGUUGGUCACUUCAAAAUUUGCUUGGUGGAUAUAUAAUUUUUGCAAUUUGUGGAAUAAUACUGUGAUGACAGUUUUAAUUGUUUUAUUUUUCUAUGUUGGUAUUAUGAGAGUAUAUAAGAAACAAUUCUUUUGAAACA